GCUUGUACUGGUUGGAGAGAGCUGGUGUCCUAAAGUGCGUCCAGCUUUUUAAAGGCUCUCCUCAUUUUACUCGGUCCUGCACAAAGAUUGUACACCAUGUAUAGCUUUGUGGACCAACUACGCCAGCAUAGGCGGAAACUUCUAGUAUUGGUGGCCCUGGCAGCGUUUGCUGUAUCAUGCCAAGGACAAGUUUCAUCAAUUUCUGUGAGUUUUUCAUCUGCGGAACCUUUGUUACCUUGCGUAUACAGAGGGAUCCCAUACCUUCACGGUGAAGAAUGGAAAGUAGAUGAAUGUACGACGUGUAAUUGCGACAAUGCUACUACAACAUGUGUGAUUGAGAGUUGUCAGCCCGCCUUCUGCGCUGAGCCCAUAAAGCCGGAAGGAGAAUGUUGCUUUCUUUGUCCUUACAAUGUAAGGGUGAGGAGGGUCAGUCCUGACAUCACGAGUUCAAAUACCAUCGCAGAAGGAGGAGACAACAGCCUCGUUCUUGAUAUUCCAAUCAAGUUCCAGGAAGCCCAGGAUACUACAGGUGUCCUAGGAGAAGGUCUCUGGAGACUCAGUAUGUGGGCUUCCGCUACUCCCGAUGGCAGAGGAGCAAGGUUUGGGUAUCAGAGAAAUGUUAUCGACGAAACCCAGAUGGCACAGUAUUACAAGAAGAAGGAACCUUUCUCUUUCCGCGAUGUCGAGUUUAACUUCAAUGAUCCCUUGGCGGAAUGUUCCGAUAUGGCAUAUAUCUGCGCCCGUAUCGACAGAGGAGACAACCCGAUAACAAAGGGUGACUUGGGUUAUGAGUUCUCAGGGUGGCCCGACGAAUACGCCCAAGUUGGUUGCACCGGAGCGCCAGAGUGUAAAGGAAUUGUCGCCCAGGAAAUGGAUUGGACAUUGGAGCCUUUGGAGACAGUAGUUCCAGGACUUGAAACACCGGUCAGCAUUAACAAUAACAUCAUGUUCCGAGAGGGCAAUCCUACUUUGUCCGGCAGCGGUUUGUGGCGAAUGGGUGUCUUCGGCAGUAGAAACCUACAAGGUUCUGGCGAUAAAUUUGGUUACGUCUCUCAAACUCUCAGUUUACCUCAGCAAGGUAUCACCUUGGAAGAGAAUAGUUAUCUGGAGGUCAUGGAUGCAGUUACCGACUUUGAAAUUGGUUCCGUCGGUUGUAAUGACUAUGGUUAUAUCUGCGUGGAAUUUACCGGUGGUGACUCUCCAAGCCCCAACUACUUUUUCCGUGUAGCUGGAGCAAUUGAUUCAUCUCGAGCAGCUAACACCCUAGUAACUUGUAAAGAACAAGAAUGUCUUGCAAAUCUUUGGGCUGAAUCUCUGGAUUGGUCUCUAACUCCUACGGGCACGGUUUUGCCCGGUCAAGAAUCUGAGAUCAGUAUCGACAGCACUGUCAUGUUUGAAAUGGAUAACAGACCCGUCGAAGGACAGGGACUGUGGAGACAGGGAAUUUAUGGUAGCAGAAGCCCCGACGGAUCUGGAGAGAAGUUCAACUACAAGACCCAAACUCUUGAUAUGACCCAGGAAAACAUCCCUUUGGAACAGGAUAGUUCAUUGGAGAUUACCGGGGCAAUGACGGAAUUCGAGAUUGGCACAGUUGGUUGCAAUGAUUUCGGAUAUGUUUGUGUAGAAUUUACUGGUGGAGAUGACCCAGAACCACUCUACUACUUCCGGGUAGUACGAUCAGCAACAGCCAGGCCCGAGGACAAUACACUCGUUCUUUGCAAAGAGCAGGAGUGUUUGUCUAGGGCUGUAUUUACCGACUUAGAGGCCGAUCUCGGAGACCAAUUCAUUGUCGAAAACAAGAACAACCCACUUACUGUGGACCUGACUGGAAUAACGCACGAAGAUUCUACAAACGUUGUCGGAGAUGAACUCUGGCUGGUUGGUGCCUAUGCCAGCAUGAAUCCUGAUGGCUCUGGAACAAAGACUGGACAUGUAGAACAAAUUUUAGACCUUGACGGGUCAGGUACACCCCUCAUGGAUGAUGAAAAUUUGGUUAUGGAUGGCAGAAACUUCGAAUUUGAUAUGACGGGAAUCCGUUGUGCACAGGCUCCAUACCUCUGUUUUGACCUGAAUAAGAACCCCAGGGCCAGUGUCAGCUAUGUAUUUGAAGCUCGUCCAGACGACUCAGUUACAACCACGUGUAUUGACAUGAGGGAACGUUGCAAAGGUGCUGUUGCAAGAGACAUCGAAUUCACACCAACAAUUGGAGAUGCGCCGUUUGGACAACCAUCUCCUCUGACCAUCGACGCAGAUGUAUUAUUUGAUCCAGACAGUCCUGACGUUGCCGGAGAUGGUCUUUGGCAGUUGGGUGUCUUUGCUGCAAAUGAUCCCACUGGCUCCGGGCCACGUAGACAUGAGGUUACACAAACACUUGAUCCUUUCAACCAAGCCUUGCCUCUAGAAGAAGGUGGUCCUUUGGAGUUUGGCGGCAUCGACGUUCCUAAUUUCCCUAUCGACGAUCUUGGUUGUGACGAGUACAGAUGGCUUUGUGUUGAAUUCAAGAAAGGUGUAUCACCCAACCCUGAUUUUGGAUUCACAACCGAGGAAGGGGAAGACUCGAUCAUUAAGUGUGUAGAGCAACCGUGUAGAGGUGUUGAAAUUAAUAGCCUGACAUCCUCUCCAACUGAUAUCCUCACGGAUCUGAUGUUACGUGAAGGCAACCCAGAAAACCCUCUGACUUACAAUUCCGUUGCUACAACCACCGAUGAAUCAGGUUUGGUGCGAGGUGUGGAUCUCUGGACCCUUAGCCAAUGGGGUAGCGAGAAUGAAAAUGGAGAUGGGCCACAGAACAACUAUCAGGAACAAGUCCUCUCUGGAUACCACGCAGCUCUUCCUGUCAUGAUGUCAGGAGAUACUCUCGAUUUCGUCCCACUUGUCACAAACUUUGACAUGACUGGACUCAAGUGUCCCCAAGUCAAAUAUAUCUGUAACGAAGUCAACCGAGAUCCAAACUCACAACCAGAGUUUCAAUUUGCUGGGGUUCCAGAUGAAUCUGUGUUAAGAAGUUGCUUUGAAGUACCAGACGAUGCUUGCAAAGGAGUUAUAUUUGACGAUUUGGAUUGGGACAUGACUCCCGUUGGACCAGUCAGGGCUGAUGAACCUGAUGAUAUAAUCCUCAACGUUGACCUCAGUACGUUGCCGGACAGCGGAUCAGCCGAUGGUGAUGGACUCUGGCGAAUCGGAGUCUUUGGCUCUCAGAACGUCGACGGUAACGGACCCCGUCUUGGCUACCUCCGUCAGGUCUUGGAUCGUAGCGAAGCCUCUACCCCUGCGGCAGGAAGUGGAGAACCGCUACAGCUGACGAAUCUAGCCACAGAAUUUGAUCUCUCACAGAUUGGCUGUGACUCAGAUUAUCGAUUCCUGUGCCUUGAGUUCUCCAAGGGAAUGCGUGCAAACCCUGACUUUGAGUUUGAAGUGCAAGGUGGUGGCGAUGUCAUAAUCAAAUGCAAAGAACAGCCUUGUCGAAGACCUGUCAUUGUAACUGACGUAGAAACCGAUCCUAUUGGCAAUCGCGUGAAAGAAGGUACUCGCACCAAUCGUAUCCUGUACGACAUGACUGCCAUCGCCGACCCUUCAAGCGGUAAAGCCACCGGACAGGAUCUUUGGGAAAUGACUACUUUUGGAAGCACGUUCCCAGAUGGCCGUGGUCAACGAUUUAACCCUCAGACGGCGUACACGUUCAGCCAGUACCAAAAAGAUAGACCGGCUUUCCCUGGCGAGAACAUCAAUUACGGCGCUGUGGACACCAACUUCGACAUGACUGGACUGACUUGCAAUCAAGUUCAGUACUUUUGCUCUGAACUACGAAAGGGUGAAAACCCUCCUCCCUUUCCUGAUUUUGAGUUUGUUGCCAAACCAGAUGAAGACGUGCUCCUCUCUUGUUUUGAACUCGACUGUGAAGGUGUGGUGAUUGACAAUACACGUUUGACCCUAAAUCAAGAUAAUGAGCUUGAGGAUGGGCCCAACGAAUUGAGCUUUGACUUCCGUGUUGACUCCAAUCCCAAUGGUGGCGACGCAGAAGGAAACAAUCUGUGGCGUCUGGAGACAUUCACCUCUAACAGCCCAGAUGGAAUAGGCCGUCGGGAUAUUCUUAAGCAGCAGACGCUUGAUCCCGUAGAUGCUAGUCAAGACCUCAGGGGUGGCAACAGCAUGGUGUUCCGCAACCUUAACGCCAUGGUUGACUCCGCUGACGUCAACUGCGACGAGCCUUCUUACCUUUGCGCCGAACUCAGAAGGCAUGAGAGCUCUAGGCCUGAAUUCUCUAUGUCAGGCUCAAGAGAAGAUUCGCUUACAAGUUGUAAAUUAAUAGACUGUAAGAAAGCAGAGGCUCCUCCUGCCAAAGGCCGACCCGGACCCAAAGGUGCUAAGGGAGACCCCUUCGAGAUCCCACCUGGUAUGGUCGGACCUCCUGGACGUCCUGGACUACCCGGAAACACUGGAUACCGUGGACGCCGUGGACCCAAUGGACUUGGUGGACCCCCCGGAUUCCGAGGAGAAGAUGGUCGUGAUGGUAUGCCUGGAGGGCGUGGACGCCCCGGACCCCCUGGACCCCCCGGACCACCUGGUGAAGUAGCUGCUCCUGCCCAAACAUCAAAGGGACCAAGCUGGAACGCUGCCGCCUUCCCCUACAUGCAAGGCAGUAUGGUACAGGGCCCACCCGGUUCACCCGGUUAUUCCGGUACCCGUGGAUCUCGCGGCCCUGCAGGUAUGCGUGGACCCCCUGGACCAGUAGGACCCAGUGGACAAAUUGGAUCACCCGGAGGUCGUGGACCACGUGGUGAAGACGGCCCCGAUGGAAACGAUGGAAAGAAUGGAUCACCUGGACAAAUUGGAUUCCCUGGCGAGCCUGGUAGAAAUGGAGCUGCUGGAACACCUGGAAGAAAUGGAGCUGUUGGACACAAAGGAUGGACCGGUACGUUUGGAAGGAAGGGUGCCCGUGGAGACAGGGGUGCAGCUGGUGCUGCUGGACUCGAUGGAGUAGGAGGAGCAGUAGGAGCAGUUGGAAAUACUGGUGCUCGUGGACUUCCUGGAGCAACCGGACAGACUGGAGCAAAGGGACCUGUCGGAGAACGCGGUAGCACUGGCGAAGUUGGAGACAAGGGACCUUUUGGAAGUACCGGACCUAUGGGUGUUCCUGGAGCAGUUGGAUUAACUGGAGCUAAGGGACAAGUUGGAAUUUCUGGUGAGCAGGGAACCCCCGGUGCAGUUGGUAUGAUUGGUGAGACUGGAAAACGUGGAGCUGCUGGAGCUGCUGGAGCACCAGGAGUACCCGGAGUAAAUGGAGAUAGUGGAUCAACAGGAGAAAUUGGACCUGCAGGAGAUAUUGGUUUGCCAGGCCGAGGUGGUGCACCCGGAAUCCAGGGCCCAACUGGUAGCGAAGGAAUCGCAGGUGAACGUGGAAAUCCAGGGUUGAUCGGAUUUGUUGGUUCUCCUGGUAACCGUGGACUUGCAGGAUCUAGAGGUCAGCCUGGACCAGUCGGAGAACCUGGACGUGUAGGAAGCCAGGGAGAAGCAGGAGAGCAAGGUGUAACCGGACCAAGUGGAUCUCGUGGACUUAUGGGAGAACCUGGACCAAGUGGUGGUCCAGGUCUUCUCGGUGCUGGUGGUUUGAAGGGACCUUUGGGAGACAACGGUGAAGCAGGAGCUCCUGGUACUCCCGGAGAGGCAGGCACUAGGGGAACACCAGGUACACCCGGAACCCCAGGAUCAACAGGAGAGAAUGGUGCCCCAGGAGAACCUGGUUUGUCUGGUAGUGAUGGAAAGACUGGACCAACUGGAUCACAAGGAAAGGAUGGAACACCUGGCGCGACCGGAGAUAGGGGAGCUGUUGGUCCACCAGGUCAACAGGGACCACCUGGAUUGAAUGGAGAAAAUGGCUUUAGUGGAUCCCGUGGUGCCCCUGGACCCCCUGGUGCCCGUGGGGAUGCUGGAGAAGAAGGUGAACCAGGAGCAGCCGGACAGGCUGGACUUCCCGGAGCCCCAGGAAGGCGUGGAGAUGACGGGGACCAGGGAACAGCUGGCAUUCCAGGACUCCAGGGACCAACUGGAAUGGAUGGUAAUACUGGAGCCCGUGGAGCUCGUGGUGACCGUGGACUCCCUGGAGCUACCGGCAUGAUGGGACUUACUGGAGAAGUUGGAGAGCAAGGACUUCGAGGAGCUGCUGGACUCCAGGGCCCCAGCGGUCUUGUAGGAGAACGUGGAGUUGAUGGACGCGCCGGACGACAGGGAGAAGUUGGACUCACUGGUUCAAGUGGUGUAAUGGGACCUCCUGGACUUCGCGGACUGCAGGGACCUCCUGGACUUCGUGGAGGAGUUGGACCUGGUGGAUCAAUGGGAGAAGAUGGUGAUCCCGGUGUUUCUGGAGUUCAAGGAUCGCCAGGAAGGACUGGAGAGCGAGGAAGCCAAGGACCACCUGGACCAAUCGGACCUUCUGGAAUGCGAGGACAAAAUGGAGAUGCUGGAGGACCUGGACCCAAUGGACCUGAUGGGGCUAAGGGAACACGGGGAGCCCUCGGAGAGAAAGGAUCAAUGGGACCACGCGGAAUUCCUGGAAAUCCUGGUGCUGGUGGAGCCCCUGGUGAACGUGGACCUGCUGGUAACCAAGGAGAGAAGGGCGAGGCCGGACCCUCAGGCGCUCAGGGACGUGUUGGUCGUGUUGGAGUAGUGGGUCUGCCCGGUGCCCGUGGAUCUCGUGGAGAGACUGGUCUUGAAGGAGCAGUUGGACCUCUAGGAAGCCCAGGUAUGAAUGGACCCACAGGACCACGUGGUGAACAGGGACCACCUGGAAACGCUGGAAAUAAUGGAAAAACCGGAGAUAUGGGACAACAGGGAGCUAAAGGACCCCAGGGUAAUCCAGGAUUGAUGGGAGAGCGUGGAAUCGAAGGACGUCAAGGACCACAGGGUGCCCAAGGAGAAACCGGCCGCGAUGGACAUACGGGAGCUCGCGGACCUGUUGGACCCGCUGGUUCUCCCGGUGACCUCGGACCAGGCGGUAUUGCUGGAUUGACCGGACCCCCUGGACCAGCUGGACCUUCUGGAAGACCUGGGGCAGAGGGAGCCGCAGGUAUCGACGGUAACGCAGGACUUCGAGGAGAUACUGGACCCAAAGGACCACCAGGUGCACAGGGAGCUCGUGGACUUCCUGGAGCCAAUGGACGUGAUGGUAAGGAUGGUAAGAUUGGACUGACUGGACUCAAAGGAUCGAGGGGAGACGCUGGAGCUAGAGGAACAGAAGGAGUACCUGGCAUUUCUGGACCAAGGGGAGCCCUCGGAGCCAUUGGAGCUCAGGGAGAACGCGGUCACCGUGGCAAGGUCGGAUCCCAAGGACCCGUUGGAUCUGCUGGAGAAGAUGGAUCAUCUGGCCCAAUGGGUCCAGUUGGACCUGCUGGUCCUCGCGGAGAAUCCGGUUCUGCUGGAGCCCCGGGACACAAAGGACAAUCCGGUAGGCCUGGAGCACCAGGUGCUGGCGGAAAAGCUGGAGAGCCUGGACCACGUGGGGAUCAAGGAUCUGAUGGAGUUCGUGGUCUUCCAGGAAACAAUGGAGCAAACGGAAAGAAUGGAAAGGAAGGACCCCGUGGACCCCCGGGACUUCGUGGAACACAUGGUAUGCGCGGAGAACGUGGAACUAUUGGAACCGCAGGACAGCCCGGACCCCCAGGACCACCCGGACCUCCUGGUGAAGUCCAAGUUAUGGGAUUUGCUUACCAACCACCAUCGCAGGCAUCAAAGGGACCAAGCCAGUACUCUCAUUACUACCGUGACGAGAUCCCCAAGACAGUGGAAGAGCUGGAUCGUACUAAGUUUGAGAUGUAUCUCGCCAAGUUUGAAUUCCAAAUCCAAAGCAUGUACGCCCCCAUCGGCAGCCGUGAGAUGCCAGCACGUAGCUGCAAAGAUCUCUUCAAAUGCUUCCCAGAUGCUGUUGAUGGUGAUUACUGGAUCGAUUCUAACGAGGGAUCUGUGAAGGAUGCUUACCUUGCUAGGUGUAUCAAAUCAGGAGAAGAUGGAAACCCAGAGACUUGCAUCCAACCAAAAUCAGCAACAAUCGCUGGUGCCCCAUGGUAUCAGGGUGACUCAGGACACCGCUACAUAAGCAAGAUGGAUGGAAUCGACAAGUUUUCAUAUGACGCCAGCGAGGUACAGAUGACCUUCCUGCGUCUGUUGUCUAACAAGGCCCACCAGAACGUGACCUACCACUGUAAGAACUCUGUAGCUGUAACUGACAGAACUACUGGAUCCACAGAGCAGGCUCUGAAACUCAUGACCACAUCAGAUGUAGAGUUAUCAUACGAUGCAGCAAGUCAGGAACAAUAUCAGGUUAUCGAAGAUGGAUGUCAACUCCGAACAGGAGAAUGGGGCCAGACUGUUAUAAACUAUUCCACCAGGAGAAACACCCGUCUUCCAAUUAUUGACGUUGCUCCUUCAGAUAUUGGAGGAGAAGGCCAAGAGUUUGGUAUCACUCUGGGACCCGUAUGUUUCUCAUAAUUUAAGUCUCCCUUCUUGACAGCAUUCUUAAAUCUUGUGUGAAUUCCCAUCCAAAGAAAUCAUGAAACGAAAAUCUACUGAGACUGAUGAAUUAUCUGGCGAUAGCACCAAAUUUCUGCUGACAGCCUGCCAUUUGGAUACGAACAUGAUAACAUUAUGGAGAUGACCUUAUUUUAAAAUCUACACGAAGCAAUAUGAAUUUUGUGGGGAAGCUUCUAUUCUAAAAAUUAGUCUCCUAAGAAUAAAAAUCCUACAUUAAACGGGCUGCUCAGUAUGAUAAAACCAGCAAUAUUUCAAAGUGCCUUCUGUGAUUGACAUUAAAAUGAUCAUGAAUAUUUUUAGGUUUGUUUGAAAGAAUGUUUGCCGCCCUCUAAGACAAUGUUUGUUGAUAUACCCAUUCGAUCAAUUGAGCAUCCUGCGUUAUGUUUUGUGUUUCAUUUGGGUCUAUGUGUGUGAUUUUAAGUCAUUCCUGUAGUAUGUAGUCAUUACCCUUCUUCAGAUACCCCCCACGUUUCCCCUAUGAUUUCAUGUAGAUAUUCAUUUACAGAUAUAGGCUUAAUCAUCAUGACCAUUCCAUAUACACAAUGUAGAUAACAGUGCCAUGUCCAUUAGAUGACAUAGUAUUACUCUAGAUUUGAACAUUUCCGCAUGUGAGUAAAAAUGAUUUAGAUGAGAAAAUCAUUUAGAUUCCCCUAGAUUUGCAUGUAUAUACCAGCAAGAUGUUAAGAAGUAGGCUACCCUGUCAUGCCCAUUGUUACGUCUUGUGUAGUACCCCCCCGUGUUCCGUAGAAUAUUACCAAUUGCAUACAAUACACACGAUUGAUUCUCUAUUUGUUGAUAUUGUACAUAGUAUAGGAAACAUAAUUAUCGAAAUCGAUGAUCACACUAUCGGAUCUCGAAUAUGAGUAGUGCCUGAUGGGUUUAGUAACCAUAACAACAACAGGUGGAUGGAAUACAGUACUGGGACUGGCGUGGAAUGUUGAUGUAAGAAAGUUUUUUUUGAUUGUUUGCAAUAUUGCGAUUUCUAAUGUUGAUGAUCAUUUUAAAAAUAUAAGAAGAAAUUAUAUAUUAUUGAUGAAUGUAUUAAACAAGGUCAGAG